AUGGAUAGGAGAGUGAGAAGACCAGCAGACAAGAACAUAGAAUACAGCAGGAAAAUGGGGUCAGAACCGAGAUGGUUGGCUGAGGGAAAGAAGAUGGAGUACAAUCGGCAGAGAAGUGCCAAGAGACUGUUGCCGGCUUCGGGAUAUUUCAGCUUACAGUCGUUGUACGUGUUGAUAUGCCUGACGGUGUCAUUGCUCAUACUACCGUUGAUACUCCCGCCAUUGCCGCCUCCCCCAUUCAUGUUGCUUUUGCUUCCCAUCGGCAUUCUGGUUGUGCUCGUGAUACUGGCCUUUAUGCCUUCCAAUGUGAGGGACUUGACGUACGCAUAUAUGUAA